AUGCACAGCCCCCCCCACAUUAAAGAAGAAGAGGAGGAUCUCUGGGUUACUCAAGAGGAAGAGUUUCUUCCAGGGCAGGAGGAGACUGAGCUCAGCAAGUUUCCACUGACUAUUGUCUCUGUGAAGACUGAAGAGCAUGAAGACAAAGCACCUGAGUCCUCACAGCUUCAUCACAGUCCAAACGUCCAGCGGGUGUCAGCGGGGAGUCAUGAAGAGGAGUGGCACACCAGUGUGGGACAGAAGGAGCUACAGGCCCCCUCCCACAUUAAAGAGGAGCAGCUUCAUGAUGAAGAUGAAGCUCAGUCCUUCCAGCUUCAUCACAGUCAAAGUGAGGAGAACAGAGGGGCGGAGCUUGUAAGUCAACACAUCACAGAAGCUGAUGGAGAGCAUUGUGAAGAUAUCAAGUCAGAACCAGACAGCAUCUUUGCUCCACUGUCAGACAUGGACCACAUGAUGUCACACUCUUCUGAUCACAGUGACCACAUCCAAAAACCUUUGGAGAGUAAAAAUGACUCUAAAGGUGAUACGAGACAUCACACUAACAACAAACACUUUGACUGCUCUGAAUGUGGGAAAUCAUUUAGAAAGAAGAGUCAUUUUACAGUACACAUGAGAACACACACUGGAGAGAAACCUUUUACUUGCUCCGUUUGUAAGAAGAGUUUCUUCAGAAAGGGUGACAUGACCACACACAUGAGAAUACACACAGGAGAGAAACCUUUUACUUGCUCUGUUUGUAAGAAAAAAUUCUUCCAAAAGGGUAACAUGACCACACACAUGAGAACACACACUGGAGAGAAACCUUUUGCUUGCUCAGCUUGCACUAAAAGAUUCAACACUAAGAAUGACAUGAUAUUACACAUGAGAACACACACAAGUGAGAAACCUUUUACUUGCUCUGUUUGUAAGAAGAGUUUCUCCAGGAAGCAACAAAUGACCACACACAUGAGAACACACACUGGAGAGAAACCUUUUACUUGCUCAUCUUGUGCUAAAAUGUUCAACACUAUGACGGAAAUUAUAUUACACAUGAGAACACACACAGGUGAGAAACCUUUUACUUGCUCUGUUUGUAAGAAGAGUUUCUCCAGCAAGCAAAACAUGACCACACACAUGAGAACACACACUGGAGAGAAACCUUUUGCUUGCUCAGCUUGUGCUAAAAGAUUCAACACUAAGAAUGACAUGACAUUACACAUGAGAACACACACAGGUGAGAAACCUUUUACAUGCUCUGUUUGUAAGAAGAGUUUCUCCAGAAAGGAACGCAUGACCACACACAUGAGAACACACACUGGAGAGAAACCUUUUGCUUGCUCAGCUUGUGCUGUAAGAUUAAACACUAAGAAUGACAUGACAUUACACAUGAUAACACACACAGGUGAGAAACCUUUUACUUGCUCUGUUUGUAAGAAGAGUUUCUCCACAAAGCUUAACAUGACCAGACACAUGAGAACACACACUGGAGAGAAACCUUUUGCUUGCUUAGUUUGUGCUAAAAGAUUCAACACUAAGAAGGAAAUUAUAUUGCACAUGAGAACACACACAGGUGAGAAACCUUUUACUUGCUCUGUUUGUAAGAAGAGUUUCUCCAGCAAGCAAAUCAUGACCAGACACAUGAGAACACACACUGGAGAGAAACCUUUUGCUUGUUCAGCUUGUGCUGAAAGAUUCAAACACUAAGAAUGACAUGACAUUACACAUGAGAACACACACAGGUGAGAAACCUUUUACUUGCUCUGUUUGUAAGAAGAGUUUCUCCAUAAAGCGUAACAUGACCACACACAUGAGAACACACACUGGAGGGAAACAUUUUGCUUGCUCAGUUUGUGCUAAAAGAUUCAACACUAAGAAGGAAAUUAUAUUGCACAUUAGAACACACAGGUGAGAAACCUUUUACUUGUUCUUUUUGUAAGAAGAGUUUCUCCAGCAAGCAAAUCAUGACCACACACAUGAGAACACACACUGGAGAGAAACCUUUUGCUUGUUCAGCUUGUGUUAAAAGAUUUAACACUAAGAAGGAAAUGAUAUUGCACAUGAGAACACACACAGGUGAGAAACCUUUUACUUGCCCUUUUUGUGAGAAGAGUUUCUCCAUAAAGGAACGCAUGACCACAACAUGAGAACACACACUGGUGAGAAACCGUUUAGUUGCACUGCAUGUGUUAAAAGGUUCUGGUCUAAGUAUCAGGUCAGUAAACACAAGUGUGUAACAGUCAUGGAAGCUGCAGGGAUGUAAAAACACUUAAACAGUGAUUGUGCUAAAUGUAGUUUAAAAACACAGCAUGUUUAAUAUGAAUGUAUAUUUGAUGUUGUAUGUAGUGCUUCUCAUCUUCUAGUCUUAUAUGUUGUCCUGUAGUUACUAUUUAAGUUGUGUGCUUGUCUUGAAUAUUAUAUAUGUAGCUACUAUUUUAUUCUAUUUUCUCAUUGUUAAACGGAGGACAUCUUAUUAUUUUA